AUGCAGACAAGUGAACUUCCUUCAUCUCGUUUCUACGAAGAACUCUUCUGUACCAGCCAGACUACCGGCCCUCUUGUCCCUCUAGCCAGCGCCCUCAUAACCUCUGCUGGGCCACAGAGUGAUGUGGUGAAACAAGGUUACCUGGGGAAGCUGGAGCGAAACCACAGAAGAUAUUUUGUCCUGAGAGCAGGAAGUCACACUGGGCCGAGCCGACUUGAGUGGUACAAGAACCAGGAGAAGUUCACAGCAAUGGAGAAGUCUUCUGGUAAAGCUGUGCUGUUCUGGUCGAGCAAGCAAGGCCGGACUGGCAGUUCCAGGAAAGGCCACACGGUGGCGGUGUAUGCCAAGGAUCAGACCAUGGUGCUGGUGGUGGAGGACCAACAGGAACAAGAAGAUUGGUAUCUGGCCAUUAAGAAACUGAUGGAGGAGGAGCAGAAGGAUGAAGAGCACGGAGAGGGGCUUGAUGAAGAAGAUGAUGAUGGGUAUUGCACUCUGCCGCUUGCUGCUUUCUUCAAAGAGGUCUGGCCCGUCUCAGUGAAGCCCAGAGGUCUGGGCCGUUCCAAGUCCCUCACAGGAGAGACGCGGCUUUGCCUCACAGCUACCUCACUCAUCUUGGUCAAAGUGGGCACAUGCAGUGAUUUGCCGUCGGUUACGAUACCUUUGCUGAGUGUUCGGCGCUUUGGCCACUUGGAUGGCUCGUUCUUCUUGGAGCUUGGCAGGUCAGCACCUGACGGUCCUGGAGAGAUCUGGAUGGAAGCAAGAGACCAAGGAAACCAAGGAAUUGCUCAGCAAAUUCAUGAAGUGGUUCGGGAGACGGUACGGGCACUCAGAGCUCUUCCUGAUUUCAGCCGGUCACCAACCUCCAACCACAAUAAGCCUCAAGCACUUCUGAUCUCAAAACGCAGCAGACCCAAGCACAGAGACAAGUUGAUUAAUGUGGGACCACGUAGCUCUCUCCUGGCACCCAAUACUGACGUCCACACUAGUCCAAAGUGUUACCUAGAGCCCCGCAAACCAGAUGAAACAGAGCCUGAAUCUACUCUGAGCCUCACCUCACAUCUCAGCCCUUUACGAUCCCAGCAGAGCUCCGUGCCUGAGACUGGCAGCUACAUGGAAAUGAAGAUGGAGCACUGCAGGGGUGCAACCUGCAGGAUGGAGAGCUUGGAGCUGGGAGAGGAGGAGGAGGAGGAGGAGAAGGCGCUGGGGUACAUGAUGAUGUCCCCACAGGUCAGCGACAGUUCGCCUGCAUUGCCUAUGGAUGACUAUGUGACCAUGACAAGCCCAUGCAAACACCAAGGGCCUCCCUUCUCUUCACCUUCACCUUCUUCUUCCCUUCAGACAUCAUUCAACAGCUCCACCUCUGACAGCUACUCUCCUGUGCACCCAUCACAUCAUCAAACCAAUGAGCACAUCUACACCCGACCACUGGAUGAUGCAGAGCUGGAGCAGAAGUCAGUCCAGGACAGACGCCACCUGGCACAGAGGGUGGCCACUUCUUCUCCUGUGGGGAGCGUUAAUGUGUCUGACCUGAUGCCUCCAUUUUUCACGAGUGGAGCAGGCUAUACCAAGCCAGUUCAGGCUAGUCCAAACUCUGGUACAGGCCGGUCUACUCGACUCCUAGCUGUACCAGACCAGUCUGCUGCUAGAAGAUACCGGCUGUCAUCCUGUCUGCUCUCUUGCCUGCAAGCCAAGGACGGAUCCUGAGUGCUUGUCGUAAUUCACUAUUUUGCUUAUGUCUCAAUUAUCUGAACAGGAGCAUCUUACUUAUUCUGGUGUUGUGGUUACACAAUGUCAUGCAAAUCCAAAGUCUCAACUGGUCGAGCUGAUGUGUCCACCAUCUGCUACAUGUGUUGAUCAGAGAGUCCUUGAGCAGCAAGUGCAGAUUCCCACAGAAAGUAGAACAUGUCAAGCUGAUAAAGGAAUAAUUAAAUAUUUCAGUUUUGCUGCCACACUUGUUUUUGUACUUUAUCACACUUGCAAGUUUGUUUUGAGAUGUGCAUGUAUGUGGGGUCCUUGAGCUUUAAACUCUUUAAACUGGACAUGUUUGAGAAAAAUAAUGUUUUUGUAGACAAUUUAU